GUCGUCUUCAUUUUGAUGGAAGUGGAAGUGUGGAACAGCUGAUCAGUUACGGAGCAAUAAACCACCUAAAUACAGUGUUCUUCUGCCAGAGUACAGCUACUUGACCAAGACGGAAGUUAACUGUGAAGAUCAUCAUCACUCAUUCCUCAACAUUGCUGAGCCCACUCCUCUGUUGCAGCUGUUCUGCUCAUUGUUAUUUGGUUCUGAAAUAUCUGAAGAUUUGUAGUCUAGGAACUCGGUUCGGAUAUGAAGAAGCAGAGAGGGAGGAGCCACCACCAGCAUCCGGAGCUCUCGUGGCGGCGCGCGGUGGUGCGGAAGUGGCUCAACAUAGCGACCAACAACGCUGAUUACUCCGCAGACAGCGAUUCUGGCGUCGAUUCAGAUACGGAGCAAGAAUUUUGUGAUUGGCCCAGAGAAUCCCGAUUCAAGAAUGAUAAACCCGAUGAAGUUCAGGUCGAUGCUAAUGAGGCUCUUCCCAGGUUAAGAAGACGAAAAUCAGAGACAUUUAGAGCUCAGUAUAUAAACACCAAGGAGAUCAGGAUAUGUGCUGCCACAUGGAAUGUUGGAGGAAGAGUUCCUCCUCAUGACUUAGAUCUUGAUGACUGGUUGGAUAUUGAUGAGCCCGCUGAUGUUUAUGUAAUUGGCCUCCAGGAGAUCAUCCCGUUAAAUGCUGGUAAUAUUUUUGGCGCUGAAGAUAGUCGGCCAGUUUCAAAAUGGGAAAACAUAAUUCGUGAAACUCUGAACCGAGUUCCACCAGCAACAAAGUUUAAAAGCUACAGUGAUCCACCUUCUCCGACAAAGUUCAAGCCAUCUGAAGAUGCACCAGACAUAGAAGAUGAAAUUGUAAUUGAAUCAGACAGUGAUAUUGAGGAGGAAAUCUACCCAUUGGAUGAAGAACCAGAUAAUAUUUGUGAAAUCAAGGAUGUCAUUUUCGAUGAAAGCAAUUUUGUUUGUGCUGAUGCCACUAUCUCCAAUGACAAUGGCAGCUUGGGCAAGUCAAAGGAACAGGAGUUGGCACGGCAAUUUUCUUCUCCCAAAAGGCUGGACAGAUUGAACUGCUUAAGGACAGAUGAUUCUGAAGAAAAUACAGAAGCCUCAAAUAUUCGAUGCAUGAAUAAAUUAACGAAAACACUUAGUGGGACAGAUAGGAUAGGCUUAAGCUGGCCAGAGCCACCACUUCAUCUUUUAGCUCAGCAUGUUUUGGAGAAACCUAAUUCUUUCAAAUCUUCUAAAUCUUUCAGGACAUAUAGUUCUUUCAAAUCAAACAAGAAUAGUGAAAAUAGAAUGAGAUCAGACAUAGCCUCGCUUGCGGAACUUGACCUUGAGUCCCUAAUAAACCGGAAAAGAAGGCCACCAUAUGUUAGGGUGGUAAGCAAGCAAAUGGUUGGAAUUUUUAUCACGGUAUGGGUCCGCAGGAGCUUGCGGAGGCAUAUACAAAACUUGAAUGUGUCUACUGUUGGUGUUGGAGUCAUGGGCUACAUUGGCAACAAGGGAUCUAUAUCAGUUAGCAUGUCCAUACAUCAAACACUCUUCUGUUUUAUUUGUACACAUCUAACAUCGGGCGAGAAAGAUGGGGAUGCGAUCAAGAGAAAUGCCGAUGUGCAUGAAAUUCAUAGACGAACACGUUUCAAUUCACUCUCCGCCGUGGGGCUUCCUAGAAGAAUCCACGACCAUGAGAGAAUAAUCUGGCUCGGUGACCUAAACUAUCGAAUCAAUUUGUCUUAUGAGCAGACAAGAGAGCUAAUUUCAAAAAAGGAGUGGUCCAAAUUAGUCGAGCGGGAUCAGCUUAUCAAAGAGCUUAAGAAAGGCCGUACAUUUGAGGGAUGGUCUGAAGGUAGUCUGAGCUUUGCUCCAACUUACAAAUAUGAGCUAAAUUCAGAGUCCUACUAUGGAGAAGAUCCAAAGGCUGGGAGAAGAACACCCGCAUGGUGUGAUCGCAUUCUCUCAUUCGGUACGGGAAUGAAGCUGCUAGGCUAUAGACGAUCUGAAAUUAAGCUAUCUGACCACCGCCCUGUGACUGCCUCUUAUAUGGUGGAAGUUGAAGUAUUUUCUCCUAAGAAGUUGCAACGAGCGCUCACUUUCACUGAUGCAGAAAUUGAAGAACAGGAUAUUCUCACAGAUAUCGAACUCAGCAGCGGAAUGGAUCGGCUAAUAUCAGGAGAGGAUGCUUCAUAUUGGGAGCGGUAAGGCAUUUGCCGAUAGAGGUUUCAAAGAGGCUGCAAAUGGGAGCAUCCAUGACUGUGGGGGCUCUCCUGAUCGGCUGUCUCGCAUCCCUUCUUUGAUUGUUUGUUGCUCCGCAUGUCAGAUUAUAUUGCAGUGAGGUUGUAUGUGGUUUUGUUGUGUAUCAUCUGUUGAGAAGCAGAGAAAAUUAGUAUGUCGAAGGCAUCAAUUCACUGCCAAUGAUGAAUGUAUGCCAAAAAGUUUCUACUUUUCAUUGUUGUGAAUAUGUAACUCUACUCUACGCUUAUUUCAAGGGUAAAUUUCAUUUUAGUCCUCAA